AUGGCAAAUACGACUAUCAUAAAAUUCGGUACGCCAAGCGACGAGCCGAUCACAACUGAUUUGGAAGGUUGGAAAGUUAUUGAAGGGUCGCCUACCAUGAAAACCUGGAUUCAACACACGUCAGCAGAUGGCUCCAUGAUUUCGGGAACUUGGUUGGCGACUCAAGGCAGUUAUCAUGCUACCUACACGAGCUACGAAUUCGUGCAUUUAAUUGAAGGACAACUUUCUAUUACACCAGAUGAGGGUGGUGAAACAGUACAACUUGGGCCCGGAGAUGCAUUUGUCAUUGAACCUGGUUUCAAAGGCAUAUGGAAAAUUGAAGAGAAAGUACUGAAACAUUUUGAUAUCAAGCUGAAAUAA